UACAGUGUUUUCAAACCCAAAGAUGCUGAGCUGCGAUGUGACGAUUAGUAGAAACUCCUUCGUAUUCGCGAUCGUGGCUCACUAGAAUGUACGUCCAGUCCCGGAUCUCGGACAUUGGCACCUCUGAGUCCUCCAUGUUGCGAGAUGAGUUCAUAUUGGAAUCUGGCAGGUUGACUUUCGAUUCGCGGUCGUUGUACAAAUUACAAAUCACGAGCCCUGAAGACAUGAGCCUUUGUUUUCUUUUCGGACGGCUGGCAAACCACAGCGGUUUGACGUCAAUCAUUGUUUGGUGCAAGUAUGAUAAAAUCUUCCUGUGCUCGAUUUGCUUCCUUGACGGUCACUUGCCACCGGGAUAUCUAAUACAGAUAGGAUCGUCCUCCUUCUUGAUAUUUCUCCAAGUUUCGGUCUUCGUGGUCUUCUCAUACUGGUACGCGAACCCUAAUUAUCAGUUGGUCAAACGAAACUCCGCUACGGACCUAAUGUCUAAUCCUGUGGCGCAGCAUCAACCAAUACGUCCGCCACAAUGGACCAAGGGUUUCUGGCUUUCAUUUGCACGGAGCAAACAAAUCUCUCGCGUGUUGAAGUAGCACACCCUCCAUGUCACUCUUACCUUACAUAAUCGUAGCUACCAAUACUGGAGAUCGAAAGUCAACGCUUACUAGCUUUUGACUUUCGACUCCAGACCUGGC